GUAAAACAGAGACGGAUACGGCAAUUGUAUCCUUUAGAAUGUCUUCGUCGUCUUCUUCCCCUUUCCCUCAGGCUAUGAAGAACGGAGAGUAUAGAAACUGGGCGGAGCUACCGCCGGAACUGACGUCAUCGAUCCUGCUCCGACUCGGUGCGAUUGAGAUACUUCAAAACGCUCAGAGAGUGUGCAAAUCGUGGCGACGCGUCUGUCAAGACCCAUCGAUGUGGCGUAAAAUCGACAUCAGAAUCAAGGAAAACUUGGUAAACUCGGUAGAAUUGUUUUACGUUAUCGAGCCCCUGUGCUGUCGCGCCGUUGAUCUCAGCCAGGGAGGCUUGCUUGAGAUCAACAUUGAUUACUUGGUGAACACUUCGUUCCUCAAUUACAUUGCCGACAGAUCAAGUAAUCUGAGACGGCUUGGAGUUGUUGACUGUGCUCCAGUAUUGAGCAGGGGAGUUGUCGAAGCAGCGAUGAAGCUCCCAUUGCUUGAAGAACUUGAUAUUACAUACAAGUCAUCAAUCAGAGAACAAGAGUUAAAAGUUGUAGGCCAGUCUUGUCCAAAUCUGAGGACAUUAAAGCUAAACUGUACGGGUGAUGUUAAGUGUUGUGAUAAGGUUGCUCUAGCAAUCGCUGAAACAAUGCCCGGUCUUCGCCACCUCCAGCUUUUCAGGAACGGAUUAUCCGAGACGGGCUUGAACGCCAUUCUUGAAGGUUGUCCUCACCUGAAAAACCUCGGGUUACACCAGUGUUUAAACAUUAACAUUGUAGGUGAUAUAGUGAAGUGAUGUUUUGAGUGGAUUAAAGUUUUGAGACGCCCCCAUUUAGUUCAUGAGAGGUACUGCUAGAUUCAGUUCGUUUGUUUGUAAUUCUCAUUUAGAUCAUAUAUUUUUUUCACCUAUUCUUACAAAUUUAUGUUGGAUUCUCCAUGAACCUAAGUGGGCUUUCUAUGUAAUAUUUUAUAUCAG